UUAGUGGGUUCGUUCUUGACCUUUGACCACAACAUGGCGCUGGAAACAACAUUUUCUGUCAGGAAGCAAAGCAGUCUCGGUCGUAAUUGGGAAAGAAUAGAUACUCGGGUGUGCGUACAACGCUGGGAGGUUCGUUAACAAGUUCCACAGGUCUUAAAUUAGUUGUGAACUUUGUAAACUGUACUGUAGCGGUCUGAAUCACUUUUAACUUGGGGUUCUUCGGCUGUGGCGCAAGAUGAGCACUACAUGGAAAAUCCAGAGAAACUCCAGAAAGCUAACUGCAUACCUUUACAAUACAAGAUCCCGCAGAAGGUUGUCAUCCACUAGUAAAUGUGACAGCCUUUCAAGAGAUUAUUCAUCAAAACCGUGCAAUGGUUAUACGAGAAGCAAGUCAUUUCUACAAAAUGAUGUAAAAUGGCUUUCAACAGAAAGUCUUGCAGCAGCUAUUCGUCCUUCAGGGUUACAAAUGGGUGGAUAUGAGACAGGGCAAAAUGGCUCAAACACAGAAGCUGAUAGUUUGGAAGAAGUCGACACUCACAAUUCCGUGGAGGAGAGAAGAGAGUUCAAGCACAACAGAGUACCAUCACAACUUGUAUUAGACCAUUUUGACAGACAGUAUGGGCAACAAUUUGGAUCUGACUGGAGCGAGAUCAAGGCAGCCCUUAUGGCCCCCAAAAUAAAUGGCAUUCUUCUCAACAACUUUACUGAAUUGUCUUCAAAAGUAGCAACUAUGUUGGAAGAACAGAGGCUACAGAAUGUUUCUGAUAUAUGUAGUGUGCUUGAGAAAACUCUGACACCCCAUUUAAACAAACAUGAUGAGGCCCAAGAAGAAGAAGCCAUUGGUCUGAGUGAGCCAUUUAGGAAUCAUCAAAGGAAUGCUGAAUCAAAGCUGAAGUUUUAUAUACACCCAGGGAACAGACAUGUCCGGUUCCCUAAUCUUAAGCACGUGUCUGGACAGCUGAAGCAGUACUUUCUCCAGGGUGCUGCCUCCCUGCUGCCCGUGCUGGCCUUGGAUGUACAGCAGGAUGACAGCGUGUUGGACAUGUGUGCUGCUCCAGGGGGCAAGUCUUUGGCGUUGUUGCAAACAGCAGAAUUAGGACACCUCACCAGCAAUGAGCCAGACCAGUGGAGGAAGCGAAGACUGGUGGAGACACUGCAGUCUUACAUCCCACAGGAGAUGCUGGCAACCAGAGUGGAUGUGACCAAGCUCAGUGGUGUACACUUUGGAGAUGUGACUCCAAACACUUUUGACAAGGUCUUGGUUGAUGCCCCCUGCUCCAAUGACAGAAGCUGGCUGUACAACAGGAACAGUGUUGGUAUGCAAAUGAGAAUGGAAGACAGAAGACAUCUACCACAACUACAGGCUUCACUACUGAGAUCAGCCCUGCAUGCAGUGAAGCCGGGUGGCUCCGUGGUGUAUGCAACCUGUACACUGUCACUGAAGGAGAAUGAUGAUGUUGUGGAGUCUGUCUUUGAACAAUUCAGCAAGAACAAGUCAAGAAUAGAUGUCAUCAACUUAAGUUACCUCACUGAAAACUUCUGGAGGAUUUUCAGAUUUGACUCUUCAACAAGAUGUGGACAGCUUGUGUUGCCCCAUCUUGAUGCCAACUGGGGUCCCAUGUACUUUGCUAAACUGAAGAAAGUACACUAGUAAAUAUGAGUUAAGUUAAGUAACCACAUAUAUCUACCAUUUUUUGUAUGUUAUGUAUUGAAUAAAGAAUGUGUCUUCAGCA